AUGGCGCGCAACUCUUCAUACCGGAAUCGAGGUAGUCGCAGCAGUGCUACCUCGCGCGGAAAUCGCAGUAGUCAGAACCACCGUACACCCGCCUACACUACCGACUCGCAUGCUUUUUCCACACGCUCUGUUUCCAGUGUGCCGACAGGAUCGAGCAGGCCACGGGCUGAAGUUCAUCGAGGACCAUGCCCGGAUACACCAGUCAACACGCCUUCCGAAGAGCGGAAUAGUACCGAAGAAAACGAGGACACAUUGAUCGAGGUCGUCAUGGCUGUUGAUAUGACACCACGUGGUACAGUAGGAUGUUGUUAUUACGUCGCAAGAGACGAGAAGCUGUACUUCAUGGAGGAUAUACAGUGCGGUGACGUCGACGUCAUUGACUCUCUGAGAACAUUCAUCGAGCCUACAGUGAUCUUAGUAUCGACGAAGAUUGAUGACAAGGUGAUCGAAAGGUUCGAUCCUGAAGCCAGGAACGAGUGCGCAAGUAGCGACAACGACCAAUUUCGCCUUCCAUUUCUGUUGGAAAUAAGACCACCGAGCGAGUUCUCUUACGAUGCCGCAAAGAGCAAGCUUGUCAGCCUUCGCCUGGGUAAUGAGAGUGGUACUCGUGUCAGUUUCAACAUCCCAGGAGAGCUUGCAUCAAUGAACUGUCUGGAUGAAGAGGGCACAUUGGGCCAGCAAGGACAACUGCUCCGGCUCGCAGGGUGGAUUGAACUUGACAGCCGUUCAACGGUCGGCUGUGCUGGAGCGCUGAUAUCGUAUCUUCAACGCCGGCGCGCUGCGGCAUACCUUCCCGGCGAUCGCUCAGCUUACCUGAUGUUCCGUAUCAUGACACUGGAAAUGUUCAGUCUUCGAGAGACUAUGUUCAUCAACGCUGAUACGCUUCACUCGUUACAAAUCAUGGGUGCGGAAUCGCAUCCGCACUCGCACAACAAGGGGCCGACCAAAGCCAGCUCUUGCGAGAAGGAAGGGCUGUCCGUGUAUGGGCUAUUCCACCAUCUCGCUCGAACGCCACAAGGAAGAUGCUUGCUUCGUCAACAGUUCCUUCGCCCUAGCCUCAAUAUCGAUGCCAUCAACGAAAGGCUGAGCACGAUAGCAGUCUUCGUUCGCCCAGACAACGAUCCCGCUCUACAAGCACUUGCGAAGAAUUUGAAGAACAUCAGCAACAUGCGUGCUAUGAUGGUCAACCUGAGAAAGGGUGUGGGCGGCUCAACCAAAGCAGGCGGAGGCUUUUCCAAGAGCAUAUGGUCAUCCAUCAGAGCAUUUGCAUUUCAUGCUCUCAAGAUCAAAGACACAUUGCAAGAUGUUCUCAGCGGUGAGACGUUAGCAAUCAGGAACAAGGUGUUUGAGAAGUUUGAAGGCUAUCAUCUGGCUCAGAUCGGAAGGAAGAUCAGUGAGACCAUCGACUUGGCUAGUUCGGCAGAAGAAGGCCGAACUAUCAUCAUGCCAGGCGUUGACGACGAGCUGGACCAGAUGAAGAGGACCCUGGAUAGUCUCGACGACUUUCUCAACCGAGUAGCGCGGAAGUUGUCUGAGAAGAUGCCCUCUGACAUUCGCGCCACGCUGAACGUCAUCUACUUCCCGCAAAUCGGGUUUCUCUGUACCACUCCCGUCAAUGAACUGAGUGGAGAUGCCGUCUAUCAGGGCACCUUCGACAGUCCUUGGGAGAGGAUGUUUGCCACUGAAGAGCAGGUCUACUUCAAAAAUAGCGAAACACGAGAGAUGGAUGAUCAUUUCGGCGACGUGUACGGCAUCAUCUCAGAUCGCGAGAUCGAGAUCAGCCAUGAUCUCGCACAGUAUCUACUGCAAUACGAAGAGCUGCUGACAUCUUGUUCGGACGUAUGCGGAGAGCUUGACAGCCUUCUGGCAUUAGCACAAGGCGCGAAAAUCUACAAGCUUUGUCGCCCUCGGAUGACCCACAACAAUGUCAUAUGUAUCAAGGGAGGUCGCCAUAUUCUGCAAGAGCUGACAGUAUCAUCCUUCGUCGCGAACGAUACGACUCUAAGAGGUGGCGAAGGCGACGCAACCUUUGAAGAAGAUGCCGAUGAGAGCUAUGGUACCGGAACACAGCCACUUACCAACUCCGCGACUCGUCAUACAUACGCGCACAAGGACAGCGCAAGCAUGCUCGUCUUGACUGGGCCCAAUUACUCAGGCAAAAGCGUGUACCUGAAGCAGGUCGCUCUCAUAGUAUACAUGGCCCAUGUCGGGUGUUUUGUGCCAGCAGAUAGCGCAAAUAUCGGGCUAACGGACAAGAUUCUUUCCAGAGUCACGACGCGUGAGACGGUGUCUCGUGUUCAGAGCGCGUUCAUGAUAGACCUUCAGCAGAUAUCACUCGCACUGAGCGUAGCUACCCGCCGCAGCUUGCUCAUCAUUGAUGAGUUCGGCAAGGGAACUGAGUCUAGUGACGGCGCUGGUCUGGCAUGCGCAGUGAUGGAACACCUACUGAGCUUAGACACUGAACGACCAAAGGUUAUUGGCGCUACACAUUUCCAUGAAAUCUUCGAAAUGAACUUGCUUAAACCGAGGCCUGCUCUUGCAUUCGGGCACAUGGAGGUACGCAUCGAUGCCGAUGCUUCGGAAGUCAAUGAUCAGAUAACAUAUCUCUACAACUUUCGCGAAGGUCGAAGCACCUCAAGCUUUGGUACAUGCUGCGCUGCCAUGAACGGCGUCCCUCAGGAGAUCAUCCAACGUGCAGAGAACCUCAUCCUCCUCUCUGUUCGGGGUGAAGAUCUCGUCGCUGCGUGCUGUCAGAUGCCAGAAGACGAAGCCACAGAGCUUGUAGAAGCGGUAUGUGAAGCUAUGCAAGUCGUUACAUUAGCUGACAUUGUACUAGGAGCAAAUUGCAAGGGACUUUCUCGAAGCCGAUGUGUACCGGAACCCGAAGACUACGCUGGCCAACAUACUUAUUGUAUCUACGACCACGGAUUCGCGCAGUUAGACGAGAAUGCAUCGACGAUGGUCUGCGAUAAGCGGAGCAUGAACAGGAUGGAGGUGUGA